AUGUCGCUGAUCGCUUCACCUGAAGAGCAAAACAAGCCACCUCCAGACUCAGAACCCGGGUCCCAGUCCCCGACAAUGGAGCGCCACAAGCAGGCUGUGACAACCAUCGCAUCAGCCGUUCGCGGCUUCUUCGAGCGUCGUGAGCCAUACCGCAUCUUCCACGGCAGCACGAAUAGCACGCGGCCUCAGCAGACAGGCAAGCCCGUCGUCGAUAUCAGCGCCCUUCGAAAUGUCCUCCAGGUCGAUCGUGCGACUCGCACUGCUCUCGUCGAGCCCAAUGUUCCAAUGGAUAAGCUUGUUGAGUCUACGCUGAAGCAUGGCCUUGUACCGCCUGUUGUUAUGGAGUUUCCUGGUAUCACGGCCGGAGGAGGGUUUGCAGGCACAGCUGGCGAGAGCUCCUCGUUCAAGCACGGAUUCUUCAAUGAUACUGUCAAUUGGGCCGAGAUGGUUCUUGGAAAUGGCGAGGUUGUUCGAGCAUCGCGGCAGGAGAACGCUGACUUGUUUCGUGGUGCUGCUGGAGCUGUCGGUUCUUUGGGCAUGACAACGCUUCUUGAGCUCCAGUUGCAGGAAGCUAAGAAGUUCGUGAAGACGACCUAUCACCGUACGAGCAGUGUUGCCGAAGCUGUUGCCCGGAUCCGCGCCGAGACCGAGAAUCCUUCCAAUGACUAUGUCGACGGCAUUCUCUUCUCCAAGGACCAUGGUGUUGUUGUUACUGGUACCCUGACUGAUGACAAGCCUGCCGAUAUCAAGCCCCAGACCUUCAGUGGUGCUUGGGAUCCCUGGUAUUAUCUCCAUGUCCAAGAUCGCACUCGCAAUAUUCCCUCCGCUGGCCCUACUGCCUCCGCCGAAUCUGCCUCAUCCUCUCCUGUUGAUUAUAUCCCUCUCGCCGAGUACUUCUUCCGCUAUGACCGCGGUGGUUUCUGGGUUGGCGCCGCUGCCUUCACUUACUUCAAGGGUGUUCCUUUCACAAAGUUCUUCCGCUGGUUCCUCGAUGAUUUCCUUCACACUCGUAUGCUAUACCGCGCUCUUCAUGGCAGCGGCGAGUCUGCUCGUUUCAUCGUCCAGGAUCUGGGUCUACCUUAUAAGACUGCUGAGACCUUUGUCGAUUACACUGCCGAGAACUUCAACAUCUGGCCCCUAUGGCUCUGCCCUUUGAAGCAGACACCUCCUCCGACUUUCCAUCCUCACACUGGCGAGACCACAACUGCUGCUGACGGAACUGUGACCACUCCACCAUCACUGAACAUUGGUCUCUGGGGCUGGGGACCUUCUGACCCAGAUGAAUUUGUUGCCAAGAACCGCGCUCUCGAAGAUAAGCUUGUUGAGCUAGGAGGUUUGAAGUGGCUCUAUGCUCACACUUAUUACAACGAAGAUGAGUUCUGGAAGCUCUACGACCGACAAUGGUAUGAGGCUCUGCGAAAGAAAUAUCACGCCGAGACACUUCCUACUGUUCAUGACAAGGUCAAGGUUGAUGUUGAAGCACGAAAGGAAGAACGACAGAAAUGGAAGCGUUCUCUCAAGAGCAAGCCCCCGCUGGGCGGCCUGUAUGGUAUCUGGAAGGGCAUUCAGAGCAAGGACUACAUGCUCCACCGACAUGCAGAGUGGAAGUUCAAGGAGGAGAAGUAG